ACAUGGCCACCAUUCUCUCUCCAUCAGCUUGCCUCUCCUCCUCCGCCACCCCCCAAAAGCCACCGCAAAUUCCGCCACCACCCAAAACCCAGCUCCCUAUGCCACCCCACAAACCCCUCUUAAACACAACACUAACUGCCGCUAUUGCUGCCACUACAAUACUAACCACCACAGCUCCUUCCCUUGCAGACUCAGCACAAACCUACCACAUCUACUACGGCACCGCAGCCAGCGCGGCCAACUACGGUGGAUACGGCGGUAACUCCGACAAGAAAGCCUCAGCUGAGUACGUCUACGAUGUCCCUGAUGGGUGGAAAGAACGCCUAGUCUCCAAAGUUGAAAAGGGCACGAAUGGAACUGAUAGCGAGUUCUACAACCCAAAGAAGAGGACUGAAAAAGAGUACUUGACGUUUCUUGCAGGAUUCAGGCAACUAGCCCCACAAGAUGUGGUGUUAAAUAAUUUGGCCUUGUCUGAUGUGGGUUUGCAAGACUUGAUAUCGGGAGCAGAUAGUGUGAAGAGUGAAGAGAAGAAGGAUGGAGAUGGGCAAGUGUAUUAUGUGUAUGAAAUUGAUGGGAUUGGGAAACAUAGCUUGAUCAAGGUUACUUGUGCUAAGAACAAGUUAUAUGCUCAUUUUGUUAAUGCACCGACACCUGAGUGGAAUAAGGAUGAAGACACUUUGAGGCAUCUCCACGAGUCCUUUAAGACCGUUGGGUCCUUUCAGUGACA